AUAACACAACUGCCUUGAAUAUGCACCCUGACUGCCGGCACUGGGAUCGUACUGUGCGCCCUUGAUUUGAUCUUAUAAUCAGGUGUAUAUUUCAGAGGACCAAAGACUGGGAGAGACACAACACUCGGAAGGAAUGGUUGAACAUCCAUUUCUUGAUCAGAUAUCUCUGAGAAGAACACACCGACCAGGACCUAUCAGGGGACUCCCAAUUGACCUGUCUGCCUACCCGAACCUCAACCAUGUCAUCCAGCCACGUGGGUCCGAUCACAUCUGAGCCCCGAUUCGAUUGAUGGGGAUUAGCAGAAAUUACGCUCGAUUCAGUCAAAAUGGAGAAGAGAAAAUAUCAUCGUUUUUCGGAUUGGAAAUGUCCUGGAGGCAAGUAGCCGAGCCGGGAGGCGACCUUGGAAGUCUCCGGGCUUGUGUCCUUAAUAGACUCUCAGACCUCGCAAGGGCAUACAACUAGAGAUGAUUCAGCAGUACUGCGCCAAUUGCAGUCAAAUCAAUGAUCUCCGAAAUAUCUGAUUGGUGAGACGCCUGCAAGGAUGCGAGAAGUAUGACCUGGGACUCUGGAAGAUUUACUCCGACCGGAAGCGAGGCUCAACAGGUGCAUUAGUGCAUGCUGCCCUGACUAUGACGUUUCCGGUCAUAUAAAGUCUUGAAGUCAUUGCAUAUUCGUUUUGGGCAAUAUCUCCACACUCCAGAAGGAUGUAGAUUUUGUUUUUCCAAGGUCUCAACUGGUUUUCCUCCAACCUGUCGCUGAAUUCUCUCAGAAAUAUUGCCUUGCAAACACAUUUGUCGACUCACACACAGCUUCAUUGCGUUCCCCGAGUAAAUAGACAAUAUGCUAGACAUGAGUCGAAUUCAGCUAAUGGAAGGAUGGUGGUCCCCUGCACGCCAACGGCACUUCGAGCACUUUCCAGCAGCAAGUCUAUCAGCGUCAUACGAGAACAGAAUGACUGUGGCAAUGACACAUUUGCAUCAGUAGCUCCCCUUCGAAAAGUACUUGAGGUGGUCCGUCUUUCAAAAUCUCACUCUUCAUUCUUCCUCAUCGAUAAACAGUCUUCAUCAUGUUUUUCAAGGCAGGACUAGCUGCUGGCUUCAUUGCCGCAGUCGCUGCUCUCCCACAGGUCAGCCAAAUCUCAAAUGGACAGCUGCAAGUCCCUACUGCUGUCCCUGUGAGUCAGCUUUCUGACGGACAGCUUCAGGGACCUGUCCCAUCCUCGACAACCGCAGUCCCCUCGACAGCCUCGCCGUUCGGAACAUACUCAUACCCACAAGAGCCAUCUGUUAACAGCGCCGCGGUGUCCUCUGUUGCAUCUUAUGCCGGAAUACCAGCGUCUGAGAUUCCAGGUGCGACCAACGCUGUUCCUCCGAGGGUGAGCAGUCAGGUCACGGGUGUAACGUCUCAUGGCCCAUUCUCUGGUACCCCAACGACAACCGGUGCUCUCAGCAAUUCACCAGCUGGAACCGCCAUCCCGGUAUUGCCACCGAACCCAACAGCAACUUACAGCCCAGAUGGGACCCUCCACGAGCAGCAACCAAUUCCCUACCAGCCAGCUGGUGGUCUCGGUACCAAUGGUACUGAGCCAGUCUACCGCGUUCAGUCCGACUUUGAUUACCAGUCUAUCCUUUUGGGUCUGUACCAAGAGUGGAUUGAGUUAGAUCUCUUCCACAACAUCCUCGCCACUUUCUCCGAGGAGGAGUUCACUGCUGCUGGACUCACUCCCAGUGAUCGCUUUCUCAUUGAGUUCAUGGCCAACCAAGAAUCUGGUCACGCCACACUCCUCUCAAACUUGCUUGGCGGACCUGGCGGAGCAACCCCUCAAUGCACAUACAACUAUCCCUUCACCACCGUCCACGAGGCAUUCGACUUCACGCAAAAGUUGACACGCUUCGGUGAGUCUGGUGUAUGGGGAUUCCAAGCCCAUCUCGACUCGCGCGAGGUUGCUCAGCUGCUCGACCAGUCAAUCGCAACCGAAGCUCGUCAACAGAUGAUAUUCCGCCAGUUUGCAGGUCUCUUCCCAAUGCCAGUUUGGUUCGAGACAGGAAUCCCACAAUCAUGGGCUUGGACUCUUCUCGCUCCAUAUAUCUCAUCCUGUCCAGCAAACAGCAAGAGAUUGGUGUGGCAAAACUUCCCGGCAUUGAUUGCGCUCAAUCAGCCAAACAGCGCCCGCCGCAAUGCCACCCAAACCGGCUUCAAUGAGACGACAGGUUUUGGUCCAGCUGCUCCUAGCACUGAUCCUCCCUCUGCUGAGGGUUGUGUUGGCACCAACGUCACCGGCUUCGAUUGUACUGCGGCUAUCAGCCAGAACCGCUCUAUCCCUCUGUCGUAUCCUGGUCGUAAGGUCUUCCUUGCGUGGGAGAACCCAGGACAGGCUGUUGGACCGAAUAACAGCUACAUCACUUCUACAAGUGCUGCUGCCCCGGAGUGGGUACUUUGGGUCAGCCAGCUGAACAUUACCUACUCGCCGCUAACGAAUAUUACCGUUCGCGACGGGAAGAAUUAUGGACAAACCAUUCAGCCGGAUGUUUCGACUUAUGAGGGUGACCCAGCUAUCAAUGGCACCAUGUUCAUCGCACUUACUGAUGCAAACUUACCGUAUACGGCAUUUAACUUGUCCAAUGUUAACCCUCACGUUGCUGCUGGUCCAUUUUUGUACCAAGCUGGUUAAAGGUUCCAUCGACCUGUAUUUUGCCCUAUGAUCUAUGACUGAAAUGGACGAGGGAUAUUGAGUAGGAAAGGAAACCUAAUUCUUAAUGUUGUAUAUAUAGCAACGCUCCAAUGAUAUGACAUUGUCUCACGAUAUCA